UGGCAGCGGUGACUAAGCAGCCCCGAGCAGCUGUCUCAAAGGUCCAUUCUUCUCUGAGAGAUUUAUUGCGGCAAGCAGAGGCGCUGAGAUGUGAUAAUUGCCUUCAUUCCCGGACGAAGACCCUGAAGAACAAAACCCAGUUGCCCGUGAAUCCAUGGUGUGAUUCAAGCAUUCGCAGAGAGGGAGGAGUGGGAACUGCGCGCCUGUUGCUGUAGCAGAAGUGAAUGGGCAUUAAUCAUAAGGGCAGCUCGGCCCUGCGAGGCGGCUGCAGCGCUGCCCAUGGCGCUGCCCGUGGCCCUCCAGCCCUCGCCUGCUCCGCGCUGGCCUGAUCCGGCCCUGGGGCUGCUGCGGGGAUCCCGGCGCUGAGGGGAUGCCACGACGUGAAGCUGGGGGACGUCACUCCAGGGUUGCGCCGACGGUGCCGCCGGGGCUCCUGUCUCUCGUGAGCCUGUCGCACUCCGCGCCGCGGUCAUCCCUUUAGGGCCGAUCUUCACGCGGAUCUCCUGAGCACGCUCCUGUUCGACGCUCGCUGCUAGAAGGAUCCCCGCAAGGGCUGAAAGCUUGCCAGUUGGUCAGCAUGAGAGACUUGAGACCUGAUUCUUGGUUCUUCAGCUUUCUGGUUGGCAGUCUAUCCAGGAGCCUCUUUGCCUCUGCAGCUCUUGCUGAGAAUCAGACUUCUAAAGAUUUUGCUCCUGUUAUGAUAGAGACCUUGAGACACAUGUAUGAAUACGUGCCCACUGCUUUGGACUGGUGGCAUGCAGAGAGGUUCUGUGACCAGCGCUUUGCUCAGCUGCUUUUUGAGCCCCCAGACAGCGAGCAAUCAUCCUUCAGCAAACUGCUGCAGUCCCACCACAUCAGAGGUUCUGUCUGGCUGAACGAAAGGGACGGGGUCCUGCACAAACCAAAAUGGAGACGGAACCAUAUUGUGCCAGUCCUGGUGUUUGGAGUCAAAACAGACACAAAAUAUGUGAAGGUGCUCUCUGACUUCCCAGUGCUGCCUGCUGUCACAGCCUGUGCCCAUCUCCAGUGGGACACCAGGACUCAGGAGAUUGCUACUGUCUUUUCCUAUGCUGUGCCAGCUUUUAUUAACGAAUUCCAGCUCCGUGGCUUUGUUGAUGAGGAAGGCUUUGUCAGAUUUGCUCUCAUUGUCCAUGGGCACCAUUCCCCAUACCUGCCUGUGUUCCGUGCGGAUGGACAGUGGCAUCACUUCUGUGUGACAUGGCAGCAGGAAAAUGGGACCUGGGCCAUCUAUGCUGAUGGUAAAAGGAGGGCAUCGGCCAGCGGCCUGUGUACUGCAGGGUUGGCUGCCCCUCAGGCCAUCUACGGCCAGGGCACUUUCAUAAUUGGGCAGGAUCAAGAUUCCCUGGGGGGCACCUUCAAGGCAAAAGAGUCCUUCAGUGGGAACAUCACAGACUUGCAUAUCUGGCAGAAAGUCCUGAGCACGGAGCAGAUUGAGAAUGUUCGGUCGUGCUGGAUGGUAGAACAAGAGCUUGUGUUUGGGUGGAGCUUGAAUGCUCUGGAGAUUGAAAGCACUGUUGAGGAAGUGACUGCACAGUUUCUUUGCCCAGGGCCUGUUGAAGAAUGUCGAGUUUUUGAAGUUGGCAGCAGCGCAUUCCGUCACACGUCUUGUUUGCAAUCUUUGCCUUUUAUCUGUCGCUACAGAAAGGAUGCAUAUUGGCAAUUGAAAAAAGCUCAGCUGGAAUCCAGCCAUUUGCUUGUCAGCCAUGUGAACACACUUGCAAAGAGGAUGGUGCAGAUUCCUGAGAACAUCUUCACAAGUAAUGUCCGAGACAUGAACCUCUCUGUCGCUCUCGGUACUCUUGAUGUCCUGGCAACUGUUCUGAGGAAAGAAAAGACACCUGUGGCAUCCUCUGACCUCCUCAUGGUGCUUCAGUUACUAAAGGAAGUUGCUGACGUGGAAGUCCAGGAGAGAGAGGAGCUGGAGAUGCUGGAGCAGUUGGGCCAAUAUUACAUGGAAGUGACUGAGUUAAUCCUGGAAGAGCAGAAUAUUGAAACGUGGUCAUCCAUCAGCCAGGCUGUCGGAGGGCCUAUGGCUGUUGUUGAGCUCUGUGACAGAGUGGUGUCACUUCUGGCCCCACUGCUGACUUCAGGGAGGACAAAGAUCAGAAUCCAGCAUCAAAAUAUUGGGAUAGAGGUCAGGAAGCUGGAGCUGAGCAGUCAGCAGCUGAGCAGUGAGACAUACCUGAUCCAGAGUCCUGAGGAGGACAGGCCUGACUUCAUUGAAAUCCCUGUUGAAGAGAUUCAAAGAUUGAAAGCCAAAGGUCUCCGCAGGGUCACAGUGAAGAACAUGUGGUUUGGCUACAGCUCCCUGCAGCACUGCCUGCCCGGCCCAGGCAGCAGGGCUGCCUUUCAAGACGUGGCUGCCUCCGAUGGAGGACAGAAGGACCUGAGCACUGCGGUGGGCACUGCUGUGAUUUCAUCCACCGUGCUCAGCGAUUACCAGGAGAUAAGCACUUCUGUGCGCUACCAUCUGCAGCACCAUACCCAGGACCUGCCUGAUAAGCUGGUGGGGCCCAUCUGUGCCUUCUGGAACUUCAGCAUCAGCCCGGAUGCUGGUGGGAUGUGGUCAACAGCUGGCUGCUCUGUGGUGACAUCUCUCCCAGAUUCCACUGUCUGUUUCUGCAACCACACCACAAACUUCGCUGUGCUGCUGCAAGUGUAUGAGAUAAAGAGGACCACCAAGGAGGAGCUCACACUACAAACCUUGACUUUUAUCGGAUGUGGAGUUUCCUUUUGUGCCCUGCUUGUUACCUUCAUUUUAUUCUUGGUGGUUGGUGUCCCCAAGAAUGAACGAACAACUGUACACAAGAACCUGAUCUUUGCAUUAGCUGCAGCAGAAGCUCUGCUCAUGUUCAGUGAAUUGGCCAAGACCAACCAGGUGCUGUGUUUUCUGGUCACUGCCUUCCUUCAUCUCUCAUUCAUGGCAGCCUUCUCGUGGAUGCUGGUUGAGGGGCUUCUCCUGUGGAGUAAGGUGGUAGCAGUCAACAUGAGUGAAGACAGGAGAAUGAAGUUCUACUACGCGACAGGCUGGGGCCUUCCAGCCAUUAUCGUGGGUGUGACCCUUGCAACUUCCUUCAAUAACUAUGUGGCAGACAACCACUGCUGGCUGAAUGUUCAGACCAAUAUCAUCUGGGCCUUUGUUGGGCCUGUUCUCUUCAUCCUGGCAGUGAACACCUUUGUGCUUUUCCGGGUGGUGGUGGUGACUGUGUCCAGUGCUCGCAGGAGGGCAAAGAUGCUGACACCCAACAGCAGCCUGGAGAACCAGAUUGGAAUACAAAUAUGGGCCACAGCCAAACCCAUCUUGGUGCUGCUGCCUGUGCUGGGACUGACAUGGGUGUGUGGGAUCCUUGUCCACCUCAGCAUCAUUUGGGCCUACGUCUUCAUCGUGCUUAACUCCCUCCAGGGCCUUUAUAUAUUCCUGGUCUAUGCAAUCUAUAACAGUGAGGUGCGGAAUGCCAUCCAGAGGAUGAAGGACAAGAAAAAAGCACUCUCAUUCACAAACUGCUCUCAUCCCAUCAACUACUUAUCAAGUCCAAGGAACACCACCUCCUGGGAGACUGGGAAACCAAGUCCUGCAGCAGUGAGUGCCUCUUCAAACCCUGUGCAGAAAGACCCUCCAGUGAAGAACAUCACCAACAGAGGCAACUUUGGAGGCAAAAUUCCCAUGGGGAUUUCAUCAAUCAUGGCACCAGAGAGACCGGCUGUAGAGCUGACAGCAUUCAAAUCCUCAGUGGACACAUGAACGAGGCAGACAGCAGUGUUUGGGAGUAAACGUGCUGCAGUCCCAGGCUCAGCACUGUGCACGCUGAGCACGUGCACUGGUGCAUCUCAGCCUCACCUGCUCCUGCCUAUUUUAAUGAGCCACAUGUGUAAUUAAACUCCAGCUGUGUAAAGAGGUGGGCUGUUUAGCUUGUUUUUGCUUUCUCAGGUAAGCCCCCAGCAUAUGUUUAAAAAAAACGCACAGCCCUGAGCACAUGGAAGGGAGCCUCGCAGUGCCAUGCCUUUGGGGUUAGGAGAACUGGCAGGGCCCAUGCAGAAGCUGGCCAGUCCUGGGGCCUGGCUUGGUGCCUCCCCUCUCCCUGGGUCACCAACCACACAACUGCAGGGGAAGCGACAGCUGAAGCGGCCCACGUGCACACAGCUCCCUGCGAGCCUGGAGAGCAGCUCUGCUCGCACCUGGGGCCACGGCUUGGGCUGUGCUUCAGCCUGAGGGUGACGGAGAAGAUCUCCUUGAACCAGAAGAGCCCUCCUCUCACACUUGUGUGCGUGUAAGGCAGCGAGCACAGUGCUGUGCUGCUCUGCAACGAGGCGCAGGACUCAAAGAUAAGUGCUUCCAGCCAUUAAACAUGUGAAGUACAAGGCAGCAGUGUCCAGCUGCAGCAAUGCUGGGAUGACCCCAGGGCAGGGCAGCAUUGCACAUGGUCGUCUCAGCUUGUUUGGCAGAACAAAAUGCUGUGUAGCUCUUGGGGAAAACAGCUGCCGGGGAAGCAAGCCGUAGUCCUCUGUGUUUGAUGGUGAUUGAGAGACAAAUCGUCUGAAUACUCUCUUCUGUUUGUUUUCUCCCCAAAUAGUUUAAUGCGAGAGAUGUACUUUGCCCCAUGUGUGUUUAUUUGAAAACUUCCAGCCAGCUCUAAUGCAGAUUGUCAUGGUGCCAGCAGCAGGCCUGCAGGAGGUUAUGCAAAGAUGCAGGAGGAUACCGCCUGCCCCUGCCUGAACCAGGAGAUCUCGUGGGCAGGAGGGAGGAAGCUGGGGGCUGGCAGGACCUGCUUGCAGCUGCCCAGCAGAGCGGUGCUGGGCCUGGGGUGGCAUCCAUCUGCCUCGCCCCGUUGCAGUAAUUGAGUGCAGCCAUGCUCUUGCUACCCAUGCAAGGGUCACCAGUGGGGUUCGUGGUGCAAGACAGAAGGGCUCAGGGCAGCACUUUGCUGUGUGUGAGGGUGAAGGCAGAUUGAGCCCAGGUAAAGGCCCAGCCAGGUUCAGGAGCACACAGCAUGCUGUUCAGCAGGGUGGCUGCGGCACAGGCAGGCUGGGGCUGAGUGCUGCCCCCACAGCCCUCCCUCUCUCUCACCCCCAAUAUUCGGUCUCCCCUUCCAAGGACUCAAUUCACUCGGAGGGGCCGCGUGCUUUUCGCAGUAAUGAGCUCCAGCCCAGCUGUACAAAGAUGUGCGUUGCAUGGAGCACUCUGCUCAGAUUCAUUACACCCAUUAUGCAAGAAGGGGAUGGCUGGGGGGAUUCACAUGUUUGCACAAACAAUAAGUGCUGUCUUCCUUGUCUUGGUGAACAAGAGCUCCAAGAGGCCUCCACAUCCUCCAUCUCUUCAAGUGAUGGCUUCUUUGUUUCCCCACGAUAAUUUCAUUAUUCGGUUUGAAUACAUUUAUAUGUUGCUAAGCCACACAUAGCAACAUGGAUCUUGUUUCCACGGGCCAGCCUUUCUGUGAUCAAUAUUGAGUAUUUCUGCAACUCUCGCAAUACUGCCUUCAGUAGGAUUUCUUUUAAAAUAAUGGGGAAAUGGUGGAUCUCAGGGAUCUGCAGCCAGCCAGGCACUGAGCGUGCCAUGGGUGCUGGGGAAAUGCCAACCCACUGGGCUGCCCUGUCCCUCCCUGCCCUGGGUGCUGCUGUCCCUCCCAGCUGGGCAGAGAGGGCCCUGUACCUUGAUGGGGGAAGCGCAGCCCAGGCAGAAUCAGUGCUCUCUUCCACAAUACCAUUGGUAUAUACAUUAAAUCUUGCUGAAACCUUUAUUCGGUGCAUUCAGAGCUGGCGGUGCCCUGUGCAGUGUGUCUGGUGUAUGUCACUGCUGAGCAGCUGAAGGAGAAGUCUGCCUGCUCUCUGCCUGUGCCCCAGGACCCCAGCAGGGCAGUGGGGAGCCACCCUGCCCUUCUCACAGCCAGUGCGGCUCA